CACCCCUACGAUUACCGCCUCCUUUGUGACGUCACGCAGAGCUACAAUACUUCCGUGACUACAACGUCAUUUCCUUUUCAGCUGCGGCAGUGUAAAAUGGCGCCGAAACGUGUAGUCACAGUCGGCAAAGAAAAGAAAAAGUCAUGGAGAUUUACGCUGGACCUCACACAUCCUGUGGAAGAUGGAAUACUUGAUUCGGCAAACUUUGGUUCCCUUCCCUGGUUGUAGCCUAGGGCCUCCUUCCCUAGUGUUCUUUCAUUUUUGUCUCUUUGAGCAGGAGACUUUUCUUAAAGAGAGAGUCAAGGUUAAUGGAAAGACAGGAAACCUUGGAAAUACUGUCCAGAUUACCCGUCUGAAAAACAAGAUUACUGUUGCUUCUGAAAAGCAGUUUUCUAAGAGGUACCUAAAAUACUUGACAAAGAAGUACUUAAAGAAGAACAAACUGAGAGACUGGUUGCGUGUGGUGGCUUCUGACAAGGAGAGUUACGAACUUCGUUACUUCCAGAUAAGCCAGGAAGAUGAAGAGUCAGAAAAUGAAGAUUAGAGUUUUUAGCAGCACAAUUUUGCCCAAGUGUACAAAGAUCGAAAAUCAUCAUUUCUUACUCAUUGUAUAUAGUAUGCAUAUAUAUAAUUAAUGAAUAAAUGGUUGUACACAG